AUGGCGGCCGGGGGGGCGGCGGGCGGGCUGCGUUGGGCGCUGGGCUCGGGGCGUCCGGCGGCGGGCGAGGUGCGGGCCGCCUUCCUCGCCUUCUUCCGAGACCGCCACGGACACCGCCUGCUGCCCUCCGCCUCCGUCAGGCCCCGCGGGGACCCCAGCCUCUUCUUCGUCAACGCGGGCAUGAACCAGUUCAAGCCGAUCUUCCUGGGCACGGUGGACCCGCGGAGCGAGCCGGCACGGUACCGGCGGGUGGCCAACAGCCAGAAGUGCGUGCGGGCGGGCGGGCGGCACAACGACCUGGAAGACGUGGGCCGGGACCUGUCCCACCACACUUUCUUCGAAAUGCUGGGCAACUGGGCCUUCAGGGACGACUACUUCAAGGAGGAAGCCUGCACCAUGGCCUGGCAGCUGCUCACCCAGGUCUACGCAAUUCCCGAGGAUCGGCUCUGGGUCACCUAUUUUGGCGGGGCCCCCGCCGCGGGCCUGGCGCCGGACGAGGAGAGCCGGGAGAUCUGGCUCGGCCUGGGGGUGCCCCCCGGCCGGAUCCUGCCCUUUGGGGCCCGGGAGAACUUCUGGGAGAUGGACGAGACGGGGCCCUGCGGGCCCUGCACGGAGAUCCACUACGACCUCAGGGGGCCGGGCCCGGGCCCGCCCCGGCUAGUGGAGCUGUGGAACCUGGUCUUCGUUCAGUAUAACAGAGAGGCGGACGGGAGCCUGCGGCCCCUGCCCCAGAGACACGUGGACACGGGCAUGGGCCUGGAGCGACUGGUGGCCGUGCUGCAGGGGAAGGACUCCACCUACGACACCGACCUCUUCUCCCCGCUGCUGCGCGCUAUUCACCAGGGCUGCGGGGCGCGGCCGUACCGGGGCCGCGUGGGGCCGGCGGACGAGGGCCGCGUGGACAUGGCGUACCGCCUGGUGGCCGACCACAUCCGCACCCUGAGCGUCUGCAUGGCCGACGGCGUCCUCCCCGGCGCGUCCGGGGCCUCGAUGGUUCUCCGGAGAAUCCUGCGCCGGGCCGUCCGCUUCUCUUCGGAGGUGUUGCGCGCUCCACCUGGGUUCCUGGGCGGCCUCGUGCCCACCGUGGUGGAAUCGCUGGGAGACGCUUAUCCGGAGCUGCAGAAGGAGAAGGCCCAGAUCAUCAGCGUGGUUAACGAGAACGAGGCCAAAUUCCUGUCCUCCCUGCGACGCGGACGUCACAUUCUCGACAGGACCCUGAAGCGGCUUGGACCCUCAGAGCCCUUCCCCGCUGAAGCGGCCUGGUCCCUGUCCGUGUCCGGGAACCUCGGGCUGACCCUGGACCUGGUGGAGCUGAUGCUGGAGGAGAAGGGGGUGCAGCUGGACAAGGCCGGGCUGGAGCGGCUGGCUCGGGAGGACGCGGCCAAGGCCCAGGCCCCGCAGGACCAGCCGGCGAAAGGUCCCGGUGUGCAGCUGGACGUCCACGCCCUGGGGGAGCUGCGACGCCGCGGGAUCCCCCCUACCGACGACUCCCCCAAGUACCAUUACUCCCUGCAGCCCGACGGGAGCUACGAAUUUGGGGUCUGCGCGGCCAACGUGCUGCAGCUGUACGGAGCAGACGGAGCGGCGUUGGACGAAGCGGGCGGCGGCCAGAAGUGCGGCCUCCUCCUGGACAGGACCAGUUUCUACGCCGAGCAAGGCGGCCAGGCGGGGGACAGAGGCUACCUGUUGAUCGAGGGGCAGCAGGAUGUGCUGUUCCCGGUGGCCGGGGCCCAGCUGUCCGGUGGCUUCGUCCUGCACGAGGUGACGGCCUACGGGCGACUGCGGGUGGGGGAUCGCGUGCAGCUGUUCGUAGAUGAGGCGUGGCGACUGGGCUGCAUGGAGAAGCACACGGCCACCCACCUGCUGAGCUGGGCGCUGAGACGAGUGCUGGGACCGGAGGUGGCUCAGCGAGGCGCUCACCUCGGCCCCGAGCAGCUGCGCUUCGACGUGGCCACCAAGGAGAAGCUGAGCCCCGAGCAGCUGCGGGCGGUGGAGGGAGCCGUGCGGGCAGCCGUGGGGCGGGACGAGCCCGUGUACACGGCCGAGGUGCCCCUGCGGCAGACGGCCGCCGUCCCCGGCCUGCGCGCCCUGGAUGAGGUGUACCCGGACCCCGUGCGGGUGGUGGCCGUGGGGGUGCCCGUGGCCGAGGCCCUGGACCCCGACUCCCAGGCGGCGCUGCGAAACUCCGUGGAGCUCUGCUGCGGCACGCAUCUGCUCCGCACGGGGGCCAUAGGGGACCUGAGCAUCGUCGGGGAUCGCCAGGUGGUGAAGGGCACCGUCCGCCUGGUCGCGGUCACCGGGGAGCAGGCCCAGCAGGCCCGAGACACGGGCCAGAGCCUGGCAGAAGAGGUGGAGGCAGCAGCCGAGCGGCUGAGCCGGGGCGGCUCGACCGUAAAGGAGGCCCGGCAGCUCUCCGGGGACGUGGGACGGAUCACUCAGGUGGUGGACAGAGCCCUGAUGCCUCAGUGGCAGCGGCGGGAGCUGCGGGCGGCGCUGAAGGAGCUGCAGCGCCGUUCCAAUACCACCCUCCGCAAGCUGGAGAUCGGGCAGGCGGCAGAGAUGACCCGGGAGCUGCUGAGCAGACACCCCCGGGAACCCCUCAUCGUGGACACGGUCCCGGCUGACUCCCUCUCGGUGCUCGUGAAAGUGGUCAACCAGCUGUCCGACCGGAGGCCCGACUCUUCCGUGUUGCUGCUGAGUCCCCAGCCCCUGGGGAGAGUCCUGUGUGCCUGCCGGGUGGCCAAGGUGACGGAGUCCACCCUGUCCGCCAGCGACUGGGCCCUGGCCGUGUGCGGCUCCAUGGGGGGGAAGGCCCAGGGCUCCCGAUUCCUGGCGAACGGCGAAGGGCGCGCCGCCGACCUGGGGGCCGCCCUCGCCGCCGCCCGCGCCUUCGUCACCCGGGGCCGGCUGUGACUCGGCCCGCCGGAUCGGGAGGAAGCCAGGCGUCCGCGAGACCCCGGGGGGCCCGGUCUGGAGGAGGAGCUGCCCCGGGGGGCGUCCGGGGCCAACCCGGGAGCCAGCAGAUUCCUCUCCGGGCAUCUCUGCCCGUCGCGGGGGGGUCGGGUGCGGAGACCGGGCCCGAUCCCGCUCGUGGAGGGGUCGGGGCUUGGCGGGGGCUCUCCGCGGGGUGGAGGAAGGAGGAGGAGGAUGAGCGCUUCGGUACCGUCCUCUGCCGCUCACCCGGUCUGGGCAGGUCAAGAGCGGGGAGGCCGCCAAGCCCCCUGAGGGGCAAGAGGGAAUCAGUCCAGGGGGCUCCAACCCUGUAGCGGGGAGAGGUGAGGUACUGGGAAGUGGCUGGUAAUUAAACGGUAUUUUCCAGGCGGUG